AUGGAGUUCCCGCCUGUCAAGAGCCGCGAGGAAGUUCUCAGCUCUCAGCAGGCGGCGGUGACACAAAAGAAUAUAUGCAAAGGCAUGCAGGACAACAUUCCUCCCGUCGUGCGGAGUGUGUUGGGGCUUGGCCAUCUGAUGAUGAGUGGCCACAGUCAGAAGCUGCGGGGCUCCUCCGGUUACCAAGGCGGUCUGCUUUACGGCAGCACUCCUUUUUGCUUCGCGAGCGGUCACAGCGACGGCACACGUCCAUGUGAUACGGAGGACAAGGGGAACCAUAUGAAGUUGGAGGACCCGCUCACCUACGGUGUGCUCUCGCUACCCGUGCCGGCUGGCUAUCUCUGUGAGCUGCAUGGCAAUGGUGUGUUUGACCUGCAGGCUCUGCUCUCACGCUAUCUACCGGAGCUCGAGGAGAAGCUGGAUCCAAGGAUAACAGCGCGAAGUAUUCUCGCCUUUGAAACAGUGGUCGACGGCAAUCAGGUGAUGAAAGAUGCUGGGGUGCGUCGGUUUCGUCCUCUCUUCGUGUGGAAUGUGUGCGCCGCAACCCAAUGGUAUGUUUAUGCACCAAUAACUCACUUCUUUGCAGGCGGAUUUGCCAGGGCUGUUACGGGGUAG